CUUUAAAUGGGUGGAAUCUUCUUCUAUUCGAUAUCCUUUGGACACUUUUUUGMGGCUUUCGUGCAAAUAGAAAGCAAGCAAGCUGAAAGCAUACCGUAGCAAACACACUUUCACUGUCACAGUGUGAUACCAUGCMUGAAAUUGUUGUCCGUAAGAAUUCCCUUAAUUUGUCCCCUGCAAAAUCCGGUACUAGGCAAUAGAGAGGAGUUAUUGGUUAUUGUACGGUACUGUACGUUAUGAUCCACAUCCUGUAACAUACCUUACCACUGCAUUUCGUACUGCUCUGUUCUCUGAUACUGUCCUGAAUCAUAGCGUAUGUUCAAUCUAUGAGCUAAGUCAUCCUGGCCGUGAAUCGAAUGCUUUCACUAAAGGGCAUGUCAGCUAAAACGGAAUAAAGCGAACUGAAGCACUUAAAAUCAGAGAGGGACUGUUGUUGGUUCCCUUAGGAACCGGUACAUGCGCAAGUGGGAAUACGGCAUUCAUUCGAAAGGUCUUUUCACUUGCUCAGAACUUCGAACAUUCUAUUGUUUGUCUUCGUCUCUUUUUUAAAGAGAUCAGCUGCGUACAGACAUAUUCAUAKUUUGAAUGGAACACAGCAUAAUUAAUGCAUGAAACACUCUCUCACGCACACGACUCGAGAGAGAAAAUGAAUGAGGAGGAUGAUCACUUCGCUGUCGACAGUUUGUCGCCCUCGGCAUGUUCCUCCCUUCUGAAGCACAACGGCAGCAACUUGCUGAAUGAAAGUGCUACCACGGCAUCGUCUGCAUCGUCAUAUAACGCUCACAACCUGGUUGRGUGUAGAAGGAACUAUCUAGCCAAGAACUUUCGAAAAAACGACAUCAACACAGCCAAUUCAAAUAUGAGUUCAAAAAAUAACCAGUCAGUCAGGAGAAAGAAUAAUCUCCAAAACAUAAUCAACUCCUUGAAAAGGGAUGGCAGCAAGAAUAGCAGGGGAAAGUCAAAAGCGCCUUCGUGCUCGGGUGAUGUCAACUCAAGUUUCCAUUCGAAUACGAACUUUAAUGCCAACGCUAUUUCCAGUUCAAACGUGGAAAAUUCUAUAAGGUCUUCUGCGAGGUCCGAAAACAAAAGCAACUGCCAACUGCAACAACGUAUCGGCAACCGCAGCAGCCAAACAUCUCGUUCUAUGUUUCGUUUAAUUUGCAGCGACGAUGCCAAAAACGAUGACGACUACAAGGACAUGGAAGCAUGUGACUACGACAACAGCAUGUACAAGUCAGACGAUGUUUCCAGUCUCCAUUUUGAUGAAUACGGUUACGAUGUGCCGCUCCAAUCACGUCAAAUAGACGAUUCAAAUGACCAAGACGAUGAUGACGUUAGCGAUUUUUUUAAGGCCCCCACCCAAUGGGAGCUAUCGGCCGAGAUCUUUCGACUAUUGGAGCCCAACGUAGAGGUAUCAGAAGCCCUCAAAUCAAUAGGAAAAAUAAAGAUGUGGGGGUUGGUCGCCGAGAGCGAUCCCAUCACGGCCAAGAAUUUUGUGGAAUAUAAAGUGGUGUCAACGCUCUUGAUUUUUGUUCAAUUCUUGGUAAAGAUACGGAGGAAACUCAAGAAUAAACAUCGGCAACACGUGUCUGAGCAUGAACAAAAGUAUGGUKUAAAAUGCAGCACCAUCAAGGACUACAUGGACGGCAUUGACGACGAAGUAUUGAUCAGCAMACACCAUCGAGACUUUGUCGAUGCUUCUGCCAACAUUGAAUUGAGUCUUCACCAAGCGAUGCAAGUAAUUCACUAUUGUGUGUGCUUGGACGACGAUAGCAGAGGCGACAACAAUUCCAAAAGUAAUUCACACUUGGCUCCGUCCGUAAAAGAAGCCUUUGUAAUGCAGCUGGUGGAGACCGAUGGCGUCGAUAUCCUUGUCACCCUCCUGGAGGAACUGCUGGCCGAUCAGAUGGAUCGAAUGAUCUCUACAAACCCCUCUUGCUGUGAUAACGAUCCAUUGUCGACAGCGGCUGCCAACUCAAAUAUUACUACUUGGGACACUACGAUUGGCCAGUACGGACACUCGAUCUCUAAAUCGAUCUGGGGAAUACUKAUGUCCGUGGGGACAUCCGAGACUGCUGUUCGGGUUUUGAAACGGACUAAAAAAUCGUCAUUAUCUUCCACAUCUUUAACGGGAGAUGGCUCCAUGGCUCAGCAGCUGCUGGCAGGGAUUUUGAUCGGCCUGAACCAUCGGUUUUAUGUGGAAAAAUUCUACCGUAACUGCGAUUGCCCAAACCGGCUGGAGUUUUAUCGUUCCCAGUGCAUCAUGCCGAGUGACUUUGGAAGAAGCGUAGGCAACGGAAACAAAAACAACAAUUACUUUACAAAUUUCUCUAACUCGUCUUGGAUGGAAGAUUUGUUUGUAGCCCUCUGUCGGUUGGUCGGUUCGAAACACGCGGACGACGAAAAUGACGAUUGCCAUACCGAUUGCAGUGGCGAGGAUCAUCUGGGCAAAAGCAACGAUCCAAGCAACUACGGUAACAAUAAUUGCAACGAAAACAGAGCGCCUUAUGCAAACAAACCCCACAGGAAUAGUCAUAUAGCAAGCACAGAGAUGCCGCUACGGAGACAACACGACGAAAUCCGGUUUGUGGUCAUUGAGCUCUGUCUUGUUAAGAAAACGCUGAAGGCACUSGUGGACGAACCCAACGCGGUCCUCGGCCGAGACCCAUUCGUUACGACACUUGCAAUGUCUUUUUUUUACGCAUGUCUUCGUUUCGGAAUCCUGCGGUACCCACAACUCAGGAAACAACAAGAGAACGAACAGCAAAGAAAAGAGGGCGCUGGCAAAACCACAAACCCUGGCAAACGACCUCGUGCGGAAAGAAUGGUGUCGAGGUCUCUUGAUUACGACCGCUUGGUUCAUUUUACGGUUACGAGUCUCCAGAGCUUUCCCUCGCAUCCUCUCAUACAGGGCAAUGGUUGUCUCAUUCUGGAGUCGAUCCCCAAGCCUUACAAGCUGUUAUGGAUGAACCACCCUGUGAUGAACUCGACUAAAAAUUCGAAUGUGAAACACUUGCUAUGUCCCAAUUCGUCCUCGGACUCCGCAGCUCCGCCGGCUGAUGUUUUGUGUUCUCCCAGCAUUGUAUACAAUUGCCACUCCAGAACAGCCCAUGGCCGUUUGCCCCCCAUCUUGAAAUUCGAGCCUCACCGGAAAUCCCUGGCAUCAUCGUUUGUGGGUAAGGUUAUAGAGCCCUGCAGCUGGUAUUGCCCUACCACAGCUUCAUGAUGACUGAUAGGCACAGAAAUUGCAAGACUCGCCCCGUAUACGAGCAUUACACGUAGGUAUUCAAGAGGUACCAAAAAAAGAAAAAUAGCACAAUAGCGCUACCAAAUAAUAUAGAGUUUUACAA